UAAGACAGCAUUGUGUAGCCUGUGAUAAAAAUGAGUGAAAAUGAUGUAAAACCAGAAGCAGGUCCUGAUACUGCUAAUGGUGGAUUUAAAAGCCCAGAGGUUUUUAAAGUACCGACUUUAUUAAAAGCUUCCCCUUCUAUUGCAAAGCAAAAAUCAACAAAACCUACUGAACCGGAAAAAAAAGAUGAUUCAGCAAAAAAAGACGGAAAAUGUGAAAAAGAGGAUGAACGAAAAAUAAUUUCUUUUCGGCCAAAAUCGAACGCUUUGCCUUCGCAAGUUUAUAAACCACACCAACCUAGCGCAGGGGAAUAUCUUGUUCGUAAAUUAAAGUCAAAUCAGAAGGAAAAAGAGGCAGAAAAAGUACAUGAAAAUAAAUCUGAAAAACCUGUAGAAAAAACUGAGAAAAAAAGCGAAAAAAAUUCGCAAACUAAACCCAAAAAAACAACUCCAAAACUGGAUUACACUGUUCCUAGUUGGAGCUGCAUUCCAGACGCCGAUUCCUAUUCUUUGGAAGUCUUAAAAACUGGUGCAAUUAUUAAUAACAGUGAACUGAAGGGAAAGGAAUAUUUUGUUUUCGGCCGAUUGCCAGAAUGUGAUUUUAUGCUUGAACACCCUUCUAUAUCAAGGCACCAUGCAGUCCUACAGUUCGGAAAACCGUCAGAAAAUGACAAUGUUGAGUUACAGAAAGACGGAAGUGCUGGUUUUUAUCUCAUAGACCUCGGCAGUACACAUGGGACUUUUCUCAACAAAACGAAAAUACCGUCACAUAAAUAUUAUCGAGUUAAAGUCGGUCAUAUGAUGAAAUUUGGCGGCAGCUCAAGAAUGCAUUUUUUACAGGGUCCCUCAGAAGAUGAAGAAAAAGAAGCAGAAGAAACAGCAACUGAACUACGAGAGAAGAACAGGUUAAAAAAACUGGAAUCAGAGAAAAAAGAUCUUGCCAAGAUGAUGUUAGGUGAUGAUGAUAGUGAUGAAGAGGACCUUGAAGAUGAGGAACAUCAAACUAGAAGAGCAGAUCAAGACACAGGGAUCACAUGGGGAAUGCUUGAAGAUGCGGUUGAAGAAGAAGAGGAAGAAGAAGAAGAGACAUCCAAGGAGCCAGGUCCUCCGAUGACCCUUUUUCGAUGCUCCAGGAAAAGAGAUCCUUUUUAUGUAAAAGAUCCAAAUAAAGCUCUCAAAAACUUCUAUGAAAAAGAAGGUAUCGAACUCAACUUUGACUGUACUGAAAGAAGGCCUGGUCAGUGGACAGCGAGGCUUGAAAUGCCCGUCGACACCCCUUCAGGGAAGCCUAUAUUUGCUGAAGCUUCUGUAACUGGCAAACGCAGAGACGCAAUGAAUAAUUGUGCAUUGGAAGCAUGUAGGAUACUGGAUAAGCAUGGCAUGUUUAGGCAGUCUGAGGGGCACCAGCGCAAAGUUAAACAAUGGGAAAAAGAUGAUUUCUAUGACAGCGACGAAGAUGGUUACCUCGAUCGAACGGGAGAUCUCGACACUAAGAGGCAGCAGCGGAAACAUAGGGUCGGGCAAGGAAAAAAGAAGAAGUCGGGAGGGGAUAAGAUGGAGACUUACGAGUCCUUGAACGAACAAAUAGCCCAGCUGGAAAAAGAAAUCUUACAAAUCGAAAAACAGCUUGAAAAAGAUAAGCAAGCCACCAAGAGCAAAGAAAUGGGCGAAGACCCUUUGGAAGCAUUUAUGCAACAAGUAAAAGCUGGCAAGACACUUGAUUCACUAACACGUUCCAAGUUAAAACAGAAACUAUUCAACAUGAAAAAGGAGUCUGGUAGAUUAUGUAAAUUGGCUGCCAUUGCAAGACCUGCGUCUUUACCAGCGCUUAACAAUUCUGUCAGUAAAUCUAUGGCUUUUAUUGGGAGAAUGAAAGGAAAAAGAAAGGGAAAACUUGUUGUGAAUACUGAGCUCCCACCCCCUACCAGGAGGAGAAUAGAAGAGAAUAACGAAGUGGAAGUGGAGGAGGAGGAGGAAGAGCAGGAGGAGAAUGAAAGAAACAAAGAAGAACCGCUUCAGGAGAAAAUGGAAGAAACUAAAGCAGUCUCACCUCUCAGACAAGAUAAUACACCUGUUCAAAUUGCAUCAACAACUAAAACAAAAGAUGAAAAGAAAAUCGACACCCCAGAAGUCACCCAUACAAUACCCACUGAAACCCCUAGUCCUGAGCCCCUAAUUACAAAAGAAAAAUUACCUAAAAGACCUAAAGUUUUACCGGAGUCGGAGAAAAAGUCUAAAAUACGUACGUUUGGUCCUACUUUGCCGGAAUCGCUUAAAAGGGAACUAAUGGGGGAAAAUGAACCAUCACAAAAUGCCGAUGAAGACGAAAAUGAGGGAAAACCUAGAAGACGAAAAAGGAAUCGAAAAAAAAACCCAGCACCCCAAACAACAGUCUGUAGUGAUGAUCCCAAUUAUGCACACUGGUUGCCUCCACAAGGCCAAACUGGGGACGGUACUACAAGCCUCAAUGCUAAGUUUGGCUAUUGAAGUUUGCUGUUUUAAUGUACAAGCCAGACAGCAAAAAGCAUUAUUGUUUCGGCUUCAAAAAGUUCUGUUCAAUAAAAUUGCAAUCAUGAAA